AUGAUCGAGGUGUCAGAGCGCAGCUUCUGUGCGGCUCUACUUCUCAGCUUCACGGCCGGAGUGCUGGUUGGCUGGCAGGCGAAUAGACAGCGCAGGAGGUACCUGGACUGGAAGAAGAAGAGACUACAUGACAAGUUAGUGGAGACACAGAAGAAGCUGGAUCUGUCCUGA